AUGAUACCGACAAGCAUCCAGCAGAUCAAGUCACUCAAGCUUGUACCCUUCAGGAACCCAAGAAGAAUGCUUUCCUUGAACUUUUCUUUCUUUGUUGCCUUCUUCUUCUGGGCCAUUACCCUUGAGGCUGCACCGGCCAUGCACCAUCACCGUCAUGGCAAUCAUCAUCUUCGAGACCUCCACGCAUCAAGAGCAGCACUUCUUCACCGCACAAGAUCUCAUUCUCAUGGUGCCCCUCAAGUUUCGGUUGAAAAGGCUCAGGAGCCUAGUGGAAGUGCGUGGGUGCAGGUUGCACCCGACCAAGAGACGCAAGACCAUUCCAUUGAGAGGUUGACAGUAUAG